AUGUUAGAUAUGUGGGUACUGUUACCAUACAGAGAACCUCCGGUUCUCAACCAUGCGGAUUUUGUGGUUUUCAGAUGUAGGACAAACCAGAUAGCGCCUCGUGGACGCGGUAGAGGCCAUGGGAGAGGUCGUACUAAUGCUCGUGGACCGGAGAUCAACCCUAACGACCUGGUGAACUUUAUGACUGUGUUGGAGAACAUGGCUGCUGCUAUGCAGGCCACUACUGAAGCUCUUGGGCAACAGAUGAACAACCAUGGCAAUGACGGAGGCUAUGGAGCAAGCACUGCAAGCACAUGUGGUACCCGAAGGGCAGCGUGUCGAGUUUGCUACCUAUUUUCUCACUGGGGAAGCAUCGCAUUGGUGGCAAUGAGUCUGACGUCUCCUAUAGCAAGGACGGCCAAGGAACUUGAGUUACUGCAGCUGAAGCAUGGUACUAUGUCUGUAUCUGAGUAUACUAACAAGUUUGAGGAGCUGUUCAGGCAUCUCCAUACUCCAAACCAAAGCAAAAAUAUUCAUUUAAGUUUAACACAUAGAAGAAGAGAUCAAGAAUCACAUGAAAUAAAAAUGGCCACAAAACAAUCAACAACUACUACUUUGGUUCAUGUGAAUGAAGACUACAUUGACAUGGAAUUAGUCACUUCUUGUUCUUCAAACUUGUGUCCACCACAAAAAAGCUACAGCAGAGAAUUUGAAUUCCAAAUGACUCCAUUGUCAUCAAAUGAGAAAGAUUCAACAGCUUCUGUUGCUGAUGAACUCUUCUACAAUGGAAAACUACUCCCUCUUCAUAAUGUGAAGUCAUUUUCAUCUUUGGAAGAUUCCAACUUUCCCAUCAUCACCAACACCAACACCAACAACAACCACCUUUUCGAUGAUUCAUUCAGUAACAUUAUUUCACCUUCAGAAUCAUGCAGAUUAAGCAGUGAUUUUGCUGUAACCCCAGAUGAAUACUUGUUUGAAUGGUCUAAUUGUUCUUCUCAAAUCAACAACAAUAGCAAUGUUCUUCUUCCAAAUAAUAAGAAAUCUUCUUCUUCUUCAUGGUCAAAGAAGCUGAAGCAGAUUAAUGUGGGUCAAAGGAUCAAGAAUUCAAGGUCUUACAUUAGAUCCUUGUUCUUCACCAAAGCAUCAUCUGGUUCUUCAAGAUGCAAAGAGUAUCAGGAUUUGAAGAUGAAGAACAAGAAGAACAACCACCAAUUUGGGAUGAACAUUGUUGAAGAUGAUGAGUUUAGUAGCAUCCAUGGUAGAAGAUCUUUUUCUGGGGUGGUUCAGCGGCAUUGUGGUCCAUCAAAGUCUUCAUAUUUAUCAACAUCUUCAUCUGGGUCAAGUUCAUGUUCUUCAUCUUUCUCAUUCAGUUCUUCAUCAGGGUAUAACAAUAAUGAUUUGCAAUUUUUCAAAAGGAACAUCAUCAAUGCUGCAAAUAAUUGUGAAAUUGAAGGUUCAAUUGAAGGUGCCAUUGCACAUUGCAAGAAGUCUCAGCAGAAAUUUGCUUCCCCAAAAGUUGCAAUUUGUGGGAAACAAGAAAAUGAAGAAUUACUACCUACCAUUCCUAGAAGAGAGGUUAAUUAAUUAACCAUCACACUUAUAAAAGUAGAGAUCUUCGGAAUGUUUAGACGUUAUGUCUUGAAUUCAAUUUUUAGAAGCCAUGUGUAUGCAGCAGA